GUCUCCUUACAUCUGUCUCUGUCGCUUUCGUUCCGACAAUAUGUUUGGGAGUAUUACUUCUUGGUGGUCCGGGCCUUCCUCAACACCUGUGCCUUCGGGGAAGUACGACCCCACAGACCCCAAGCAGAAUCCAUUGAACCCCCAAGGCUUGAAACCCUGUUGUGCAUGCCCACAGACCAAGUCCGCUCGGGAUGACUGCUUCCUCAAGUUCGAUGGGUCAGAAGUCGACGACAAGUGCAAGGAGCUUGUACAGCAACAUCAGGCUUGUAUGAGGGCGCUUGGUUUCAAAGUAUAGAAAGUCAUGAUCUCCAUCAGGCCCGUGGUUCUCGUUGGCUUAGCGUCAGAGGGUGACUCGAAGAAGGGCUACUGGAUUUCUGGUCUGGUCACUAUUAUCAUCCGUGUGCGCUUCUUGUGCUGCACUUAUUCGUCCACAUUUAUUCCUAGCAACAACCCCAUCUCAUCGAAUACACAUGUAUCCCUAUUAAUUCACCCACAUUCGUCCCUU